CUACAGCAGGCUCUUUCCUUUCAAAACAGAUCACGAAGUAAACAAAAUCUUGUCAACAAUGGUUAACAAUAUUUUUUGCAGCUGUUAAGUUGUCUUGAAAAAUAAAAUGAGUUCCCUGAAACCACUUUACUUAGUUAUAUGAAAGAGGCUUUAGCCUUUGAGAAGUAGAUAAUCUAUGGAUGAUAGUAUUUUAACCUUAAAUUCAACCGAAGUUGUUCAUAUCCCAGUUCCAGCGCCGAAAUUCUUUGGAUAUCUUCAAUGGCUGUGGCUGAUAUUAUUUCUGUUGGUGAUUUUCAGUACAGGCGAAAGGAUUUAAUAGGUCAUGGGGCGUUUGCUGUCGUUUUCAAAGGUCGUCAUCGCGAAAAAGCUGACACUGCAGUAGCCAUAAAAGUGAUAACGAAAAAAAAUCUGACUAAGGGACAAAAUUUACUAACAAAAGAAAUAAAUAUCUUGAAGGGCUUGACUCAUGAAAAUGUUGUUGCUUUAUACGAUUGUAAGGAAACAUUAACACAUGUAAAUCUUGUAAUGGAGUUCUGUAAUGGUGGUGAUUUGGCUGACUAUCUUCAUGCUAAAGGCACACUAAGCGAAGAUACAAUUUGCUUUUUCCUGACACAAAUUGCUUCAGCAAUGAAAGUUCUUCAGUCAAAAGCCAUUGUACACAGAGAUCUCAAACCUCAGAAUAUUCUUCUUAGUUAUUCAGGCAUUACACAACCCAGACCUAUUGACAUCAAGAUUAAGAUUGCGGACUUUGGCUUUGCAAGAUUUCUUCAUGGCGAAAUGAUGGCAGCGACUUUGUGUGGUUCGCCAAUGUAUAUGGCACCUGAAGUGAUAAUGUCACGCGAGUAUGAUGCAAAAGCAGAUCUUUGGAGUAUUGGAACUAUUCUUUAUCAAUGUCUCACUGGUCAUGCUCCAUUUGUGGCGUCAUCUCCUCAAGAUUUAAAGAGAUUUUAUCAAAGGAAUAAAAGUGUUAAACCCGAUAUUCCAAAUGAAACAUCUCAGAAUCUCGAGGACUUGCUUGUUGGGAUGUUGAAACGAAAUCCAAAAGACAGGAUUGAAUUUAAAGAGUUUUUCCGGCAUCCUUUCUUGGUCGGAGCAGUUCUCGUUCGUAAACCAUCUGCUCCUGUUCAAGUACCUUUGAGAAAACAACCCACUAGAUCACCGUCUAUAUCUCCAACAAGUAUUUCUCCUAUGAAUGCUGCCUAUCCCACUCCAAGUGAUGUGAGAUUAGACAUCUUUCGUCGAAUAACACCUCCCACUGAGACUUCACCCUCCAGUCACCAUUGCAGCCCUCCGAUCUAUGACGGAAGAUCUCCUGGUUCUUCAUCAUUUUCACCUCAUGAAACCUUACCUGAGGAGGAUUUUGUUAUUGUCGACCAUCGAACGUUGUCAGAUCAAAGCGAUGGUCAACUGACAUCCAACGAUUCUGAUCCUUUGUUUCCUGUAUUUAACUCAUCGCCAAAACAGGUUAAAUUUCAACGUUCUCCUUCACCAUUAACGGCAGGAUCACCGCAUCGAAAAGCUACUUUUAUUGUGGGCUCACCUUCGUCAUCGUCUCCAUCAUUCUCACCUCAGUCACGUGACAUACAAAAUUGCUCCCCAUCGCGAAACUCCACAUCUCCUAAGUGUGAAAAAUCUAUCUCGCAAAAAUCCUCGCCGACGUUGCCAAUUCAUGUCCACAAUAAAAAGGAUAUUGCAUCCAAAAUGGACAGCGAUAACUGUAGGUCAGCGCCCAUUAUGGUGCCACAUCCAAGACGAAACUCAUUUUCCACUCAGAAGGUCAUUAAUAUCUCUCCUAAUUCUUCAUCCAUUGUAUCAUCAAAAAAUGUGAUCGUUGCCAGGGAACAAACAUCACCCAACGUUCCAUGUCCCAUGAGAGAAACGAAAAUGAACUGUUUGAAAGAACAAAAGCAAUCGUCUACCAUAGCCGUUGACGUCAAACCUAAACUUUCACUUGACAUUAACAAGGCCAGGUUGCUCACACAAGCUAUCUCUGCCCGUAUAUCCGUGCCUUCUUGUUUACAAUCGCCAAACAAAUCAACGGAUGUUACUCCGACUCAGUCUCCUUCUCUAUCUCCUAUUGUUGCAGCUUUUUCUCCCUACUCUCCGGGGAAACCUUUAACAUGCAUCGACACCCCUUUCAGCAGUAUAUUGAAUACCAAGGCAACGAACAAACCUAUCAUGAAGACUCGUUCGUCACCGUCUCUCUCUACAACAGGGGCAUGGGCACUAGAAGCAAAAUCUAAACAAGUCAGUCCGAUUUCAAAAUUCGAGCUAAAGCCGUUAGAGAGCCCACCCAGGAUUUCGGGCAUAAAGAAUAAUGGAUGCAUGCCGUAUCGCAGUCCGAACGCUGGUACAUUAGCACGAGCAGGUGAUGGGAAAUCCCAAUUGUUCUCAAAUAUCCAUCAUAGCCACGCUUUACUUUCAGAUGAUGGUGACGAAAUGAAGCCGUUAAAAGCUACCUUUUUUGGAGCAGAGUAUGCAAAAUAUGAGGGAUCUUGCGGGAAAAAUUUCGCGGGACUUGAGGGUACUGUCAUGGUCGAAGUUGCACCGUUAUCCUGUGAAACACUCAUGGAGGAAGAACACGUUGAUGCCCUGGAAAGAAUACGAAAUUCUCUCGUAUAUGUUGACGUUAUUUUUGAUGUUCUCAAAACAAGAUCAACACCAUUACGUGUGUUGUCCGAAUCUGCUUUUUCCAAACAGACUAAAAGUGCUAUAGGAGAUCAAAUUAUACUGGUGAACAGUGAAUACAGGAAAGCUGAACAAUUGAUCUUGUGUGUCAAGAUUCUUCGUGUAAUCAAUACAACAUUGGAGUUUGCUCGUGAAGAAAUAAAAUUUGGUCGACUAAAACCAUCGGACGCUGUUAGAAAACUGAUACGAACUCUUAAUGAAAGAAAUCGUCAAUGUUUGUUACGUGCAAAACAGAUCAAUCAGCAACUAUCAAUACGGGGAAGGGAUAUAUACACGGAAAAACUAACGAUGUCAGUGGAGAAGCUUCUCUAUCAACAUGCUCUUGAAAUGUGUCAGAUAGCUGCCUUGGAUGAGUUACUUGUAACAGAGCCGAGACAUUGUUUGGAGCGUUAUAGAAAAGCAGUUUUGUUAUUGAGAACUCUUGAAGAUAACGUGCUUUGUAAGGAAGAUAAAAUCCUGCUUGAGAAAUAUCAAAUUGCUUUGGAUUUUAGGAUAUCAGUGCUACAAAAACAAGUGGGACAAUCUGGGAGGUGAUUAUGUUGUACGACAUGUCGUUUUUUGCUGCACUAGAUAUGCACGUAAUUUUAUUUCUAAUUUUUUACACUUUUUCCAUCAAACUUUAAUGGUGGACUUGUGAUCAAGUCUCAAUCCUUUUGCGCGCUUUCACGACCAAUGAAGAGUUGAUUUGUGAGAUGUGAUAUUCUCAUGCUACGCUGUGAAAAUUUGACUUACAUAAGCCUUGCUAUUUUCAUCUAUAGGACUCUUCAUUGUUCUGUUGAAUAAAAUACAGAAGACUAUAAAUGACUUGCUUUGUUAACGUUUAGCUGGCGAAAGCUGAAUAAUCUGAAGAGAGGUUAACCAUUGUUGCAUGUCGCACGCCACAAAAUAUGCCUGCCAGCAAAACGUAAACAAGGCGCAAAUCAUUUACAGUGUAAAUCGUCUCAAAAACGUUGGUGUUUUUAUGUUUCUUUGACUUAUACUGCUCGCUACGAACUGUUUUGCCUUUUGAGCUCACAAACCUUGUACAACUUGUCUUAGUUUUGGUAAUAUAUAAAUUAUUCAGAGGGUUUAUCUAUAUAUAUAUAUAUAUAUAUAUACACAUGUAUUUACAAAGGAUUUAAGUAAGUUAUAGUCUGGGAUUGCAAAACCACAAGUAACUAUUUUGUCAAUCAUUAGUUUGUAAUUUAGUGUUUAUUGUAUAUGGUUGUAAAUGGGAUAUGGUUCAAGAUGGUGAA